AAACAGUAAAACAAUAUACAGUUGCGAAAACUACCACUAAAAGUAGCUAUCAUGCGCGUCAGCUCCACCCUAUAUAAUCAUUUACUGUAAAUUUCCGCCGGGAAGAAAAGUCUGCCUCUCUUCUUAAGACGUAAGCUUCACCAAACCUUACGAACAAGAUAGAAUAUCAUCCAUAGCUUCUUCUUCUUCCAUCAUCUGAAGAAUUCGACUCGUCUCUGCUCUUCUGUGGUUUUCUUGGAAGAGUUUUGCAAGUUUGUGUACGAGAGAAGCAUAAUGAGCUGCUUUGGUUGUUGUGGCGAUGAUGAUUUCCAUAGAGUUAAUGAAACAGGACCAAAGACAGCGUACAACACAGCAGGUUACGAUGGUCACCAUCAAAGGGUUGAACCAUUCAAGAGCCCACCAGCCAUUCAGAUGCAGCCUAUCUCUGUACCAGCCAUUCCAGCAGAUGAACUAAAGGAUAUAACCGAUAACUAUGGUUCAAAGUCUUUGAUUGGUGAGGGCUCAUAUGGAAGAGUUUUUUAUGGUGUUCUGAAAAACGGUAAGGCAGCUGCCAUUAAGAAACUUGAUUCCAGUAAGCAACCGGAUCAAGAAUUUCUAUCCCAGGUAUCAAUGGUUUCGAGAUUGCGACAAGACAAUGUUGUUGCGCUUCUUGGCUAUUGCGUUGAUGGACCACUCCGUGUUCUUGCUUAUGAAUAUGCCCCUAAAGGAUCUCUUCAUGAUAUCCUUCAUGGUAAAAAAGGUGUGAAAGGAGCACAACCAGGUCCGGUUCUGUCGUGGCACCAGAGAGUAAAAAUUGCGGUUGGUGCGGCUAAAGGACUAGAGUACUUGCAUGAGAAGGCAAACCCUCAUGUUGUCCACCGAGACAUAAAAUCCAGCAGUGUACUUAUGUUUGAAGAUGAUGUUGCUAAGAUUGCUGAUUUUGAUCUGUCUAAUCAAGCCCCUGACAUGGCUGCACGCCUUCACUCAACUCGUGUGCUUGGAACCUUUGGUUAUCACGCUCCUGAGUAUGCAAUGACAGGAACGUUGAGCACAAAGAGUGACGUGUAUAGUUUUGGAGUUGUUCUGCUAGAGCUCCUCACAGGUCGUAAACCAGUUGAUCAUACCUUACCACGAGGACAGCAGAGUCUCGUGACAUGGGCAACCCCUAAACUGAGUGAAAACAACGUGAACCAGUGCGUUGAUGCAAGACUAAAGGGAGAGUAUCCUCUCAAAGCUGCUGCCAAGAUGGCUGCUGUAGCGGCGCUUUGUGUGCAAUAUGAGGCAGAGUUCAGGCCAAACAUGAGCAUAGUAGUGAAGGCACUUCAGCCUCUUCUCAAUCCUCCUCGCUCUGCUCCUCAGACUCCGCAGAGGAACAUCCCUUAUUGAUUGUCACACUUCAUCAUAUCACUACUUCAUUUGUUUUUGCUUCAAUAUGAUUUGUGUAAAUUCGUGAAAUAGCCUCUCUUAAUUCUCUCAUAAAAGAAUAUUUAUAUAUAUACGAAAAUGUACCAUUUCGUUACCUAUUACAUGGUGAACACUUUCUCCAUGUUUUCAGAUACAAAUCUGUUUUUUUUC